GUUGCGCUGGGUUGGGGGAACGGAGCAGGCAGCCAUGCCUCGCUUCGCUCAGCUGGUCAUGGGCCCGGCGGGCAGUGGGAAGAGCACUUACUGUUCCACUAUGGUCCAGCAUUGUGCAGCCAUAAACCGCUCUGUGCAAGUUGUUAACCUAGACCCUGCAGCAGAAUACUUCAAUUAUCCUCUGAUGGCUGACAUUCGAGAAUUAAUUGAAGUGGAUGAUGUUAUGGAAGAUGACUCCUUAAGGUUUGGUCCCAAUGGUGGUUUAGUAUUCUGCAUGGAAUACUUUGCCAAAAACUUUGACUGGCUUGAGGAUUCUCUUGGACAUGUGGAGGAUGACUAUAUACUCUUUGAUUGCCCAGGUCAGAUUGAACUCUAUACUCAUUUGCCAGUGAUGAAACACCUGGUGGAGCAGCUGCAGCAGUGGGAAUUCCGUGUCUGUGGAGUUUUUCUUGUUGAUUCUCAGUUUAUGGUGGAAUCUUUUAAGUUUAUUUCCGGUGUCUUGGCAGCCCUCAGUGCAAUGAUCUUGUUAGAGAUUCCACAGAUCAACAUCAUGACCAAAAUGGAUUUGUUGAGCAAGAAAGCUAAAAAGGAAAUUGAAAAGUAUUUAGAUCCGGAUAUGUAUUCUGUGAUCGAAGAUUCUGCAAAUAUAAUAAAAAGCACAGUGUUCAAGAAACUGACUAAAGCUAUAUGUGGAUUGAUUGAUGACUACAGCAUGGUUCGAUUUUUACCUUAUGAUCACUCUGAUGAAGAAAGCAUAAAUAUUGUGCUGCAGCACAUAGACUUUGCCAUUCAGUAUGGGGAAGAUCUAGAAUUUAAAGAACCAAAGGAAAAUGAAGAAGAUAAACCUGCUACUUUAGAUGAAUAUUUUCAAGACCAAGUGGAUGAGUAAAGAGUGUAUAUACCAAAAGAAGAGAGAAAAUAGCGUGGUUGUAAAAUAUGCCUAAAUAAGGAAUCCUUCUCUGAGUAUUUGUGUGGUGUGUUUUUUGUUUGUUUGUUUGUUUUUUUAAAUAUCAAAACUAUAACUUGAAUAAAUGGCUAGAGGAAGCCAG